CCCGGAAGUGACGCGAGGCGACGGCGUCGAGGAAGGGCCCCGGCAGUGCCGGGGGGGUUUGAGAGUGGCGGCGGCCGCGGAGUGACGGGGGAUCCGGGCCGUAGAGCGCGGGUCUGGCGAGUGGCAGCCCAACUAACCACAUCGCCGCCCCAGCCGCGUGUGCGGGGGCGGAGGGCGGGGCUCGAGACCAGCGGCGGCUGGAGAUGCGGGCGGCUGCAGGCACGCGGCUGGCUCGGCUCGGCCGCCGCCGCCUUCUCGGGCCCCGGCGCGGGGGUCGCCGCGGUUGCUGCGCCGUCCUUGAGUUCCUAGCGUGAGGAGCGGUCGGAGUCGAGCACCGCGUUCGAGGCCGUGGAGGAUUCCCGCGCGCACGGCCUGCCCAUUGCUAUGGACAGUGCCAUCACUCUGUGGCAGUUCCUUCUUCAGCUCCUGCAGGAACCUCAGAAUGAGCACAUGAUCUGCUGGACAUCUAACAAUGGGGAGUUCAAGCUUCUGCAGGCUGAGGAGGUGGCUCGUCUCUGGGGAAUUCGCAAGAACAAGCCUAAUAUGAAUUAUGAUAAGCUCAGCAGAGCCCUGAGAUACUACUAUGUAAAGAACAUCAUUAAAAAAGUGAAUGGUCAGAAGUUUGUGUACAAGUUUGUCUCUUAUCCAGAGAUUUUGAAAAUGGAUCCACUGACAGUAGGCAGGAUUGAGGGAGACUGUGAAACUCUAACUUCCAUUGAAGCCAGCAGUUCUAAAGAUGCUGAGAGCGGGGUAAAGGAACGGGCACCUCAACCUACAGCCAAGACAUCUAGUCGGAAUGACUACAUACACUCUGGUUUGUAUUCUUCAUUUACUCUCAACUCUUUGAACACCUCCAAUAAGAAGCUUUUCAAGUCAAUAAAGAUAGAAAAUCCAGCUGAAAAACUGGCAGAGAAAAAACCUCAGGAGCCAACACCAACUGUCAUCAAAUUUGUAACAACACCUGCUAAAAAGCCACCCAUCGACCCUGUUGCCAUCACCUUCUCAGCAAGCCCAAGCAUUUCUCCGUCUUCUGAAGAAACUAUCCAAGCUUUGGAGACACUGGUUCCUCCCACACUACCUUCUCUGGAAGCUCCAGCCUCUGCAUCCAUUCUGGCUACCACCUUUAACCCCACUUCUCCUGUUCCCUCCGCACCCCCUCCUAGGACGCCUUCUCCGCCAUUGAGUUCUAACCCAGACAUUGACACAGACAUCGACUCAGUGGCUUCUCAGCCAAUGGAACUUCCAGAGAACUUGUCACUGGAGACUAAAAAUGAGGAUUCAGCUUUGCCAGAAAAGGACAAAACAAAUAACUCAUCAAGAUCCAAGAAGCCCAAAGGGUUAGAACUGACGCCUGCCCUUGUGGUCACAGGCAGUGACCCCAGCCCUCUGGGGAUCUUAAGUCCAUCGCUCCCAACAGCGUCUCUUACACCAGCACUUUUCUCACAGACACCCAUCUUGCUGACUCCGAGCCCCUUGCUCUCCAGUAUCCACUUCUGGAGUACCCUCAGCCCAUUUGCUCCCCUGAGCCCAGCCAGACUGCAAGGUGCUAAUACGCUUUUCCAGUUUCCUUCUGUGCUCAACAGUCAUGGACCAUUCACUCUGUCUAGCCUGGAUGGACCUUCCACUCCUGGCCCAUUUUCUCCAGACCUGCAGAAGACAUAACCCGUGCAGUUGGGAACUAAGAGACCAAGGAACUAAGAAACAGAGAUGUCCAGCAGGAUGGUUUGAAAUGAGGGAUAGUUCUGCAGUGCUCUUAUAGACUGUCAUAAUUUUCCCAUUGCCUGUUGAAAACCUUUUCAGGAUUCUCAAAAGUUGGACUGUAUAAAAAUGCCUUAAUUGGAGUUCAAACUCCGCCUCACUUCUUUUUUAAAAAGGUGUUUUGUUGUUGCUGCUGUUUUUUGUUUGUUUAAGCUUUGUGCAAAAAAAUUAGUCUCUUGGGGUUCAGCAGCUGUGUUUUGCAAGAAAGCCGCAGAACAAAGUUACUGGUCCUGGAUGUUAGGACUCUUUGGCCAGGGGGAAAAGUAUGCUUAGAAUCUGUUAUUUAAAGAAAUACUUGUUAGCUGUGUAUAAUGACCCGCUUCUGUGAUUCCAGCACUUGGGAAGCUGAGGCAGGAGGAGAACACCAAGAGUUGAGGGCCAGCCCGGGCUAUAAAUAAAGUGAGACUGUCUCAAAAGGAUAAAAAUACUACUUAAACGAAGUUGAUGCUAUGUUUAGUAGUAAGUGUGCUCUGUUGAAUGACUAAAAGGGGCCACUCCCUAACAGUGGGAGAGAGAAUCAUUCCUAUUCUGAGGAGGAUUAGAGCAUUACCCACAUGGGAGGCUGUCUGUGCUCUACCCUUGAUCUCGUCUGAACCUGUCAAUGGAUCCUGGCCCUGAGCUUUUUAAACGCAAGGCUUUAAAGCUCAGUUUUAAUGUGGGUUUCGGUAGGAAUCACAGGACCCCACCUGGGGCACAGCGUUCUCGUCUGCUCUGAGUGGUGUGGUUCUGUGCAGCACGUCUUGGAAAAUGAUGACUUUUCCGAAGUAGAGUUGGGGUUUGAAAAUUAAAUAUUAGAAGCAAGCAAAAAAAGUUCAGUUGAAUACCCUGAGACACAGGUGGGGGCAUUUUCCAGCUAGAAGACACCUAGAGUGACAGACUCCCUCUUCUUCUUCUUGCUAAUUUUACCCACUCUGCUCUGCACUUUACAGGCUUCCUUCUAAACCUAAGGUCAGAGGAUGAAGCAGCAUUCAUUCAGGUGCAGUCAGGAAGGUGGACUUGAAAGUGAAAUAUUCUGGUCAGGAAAUAAAGAUGUGCUUACUUGUUUCCAAAAAUGUUUUAAAUGAAGGAAGAUUAGAUUGCAUUUGGGCAUUCUCAUACAUAGGAAUAUGGCUGUUAAAUUAGUAGUGAGAACUACUUUUCAUUACUAGGACCUUCAUCUGCAGAUUGUCAUCUAUAAAAUGCUGUGUGUAAGUCAGAGUCAGGUGCACACAGGUACAUUGAUCUCUCAGUCUGAAUUGAGGGCCAUAUCACGACAGAAUCUUGAAAAUUUCGACUCUACAGUCCAGAACUGAAUUAAAUUACAUGCCCUGCCCUCCACCCAUUAAACCCCAGACAUGACCAGAGUGGAAUGACGUAGGGACCUGCAGGCUCAGAAUGACACGGAUGCAGAGUGACAUCUUUCAGGUGCACAGCAUUGGCUGUCCAGUGCAGAGAUGCUUACGUAUGGAAGUGUGUGCUGGCUGGGUGAAGGGCGGCAGUUGGAGACCUGUUACUGGUUCAUUGUGGUUAUCUAAGUGUCCUGUUCCCAUGAUGUGCAAUAGUAGGGCCGAAAGGUGGUGCUCAGAGUGUGGGGAGCAGGCACUGCAGUGGGCUUCCCUCCCAUGGCGGAAUAUUUAGUUUGCAUGCAUAUUUGGGAUUACCCGCGGCAGCACUUUGUAGUAACUUAGUGGGUUUUCAUUUUGUGUACUAAGUAAAUAUUGAGAGUUGACCUAACUAGAUGUUUGCAGUUCUGAAAACAUCCAGUUUUAUCUUCUUGAGGUAAAGGAGAAAAGCCAUUGGUUUGUUUUGACAGAUGAUAGAUUUGAUAAUUUACUGUUUUAGCACAGGGUGCCAAGGGCCCAAGGGCACCAUUUAAACUCUGGCUGGGUGUGGUAGCGAGGUCUGUGAUCCCAGCACUUGGGAAGUGGAAGCUGGAGGAUCAAGAAUCAGGGAUAGCCUCAGCUACAUAAUGAAUUUGACACUAGCUUGGACUACAUGAGACCUUGUCUUAAAAAAAACAGAAGCAAAAAACUCAGAGCAAGUUAAUAAGAAACCAUGAGGCCUUGGGGGGUAGAUGGACCUGCUCUCUUCUUGAAAUGAGUGAAUUCCAGGAAGCGUGUGCUUGAUCUCUGUGCGUGUGCGUUUCCGCCUUGCUGUGUGUGUGAGGCAGACAUUUCUUUCUGUAGACUACCUCCUUCCUGAAAAAGUUUGAGCUUUGUAUAAUGGAAUAGCAAUAGAAUUCUUAGUGUCAAAAGAUCAGUAUUCAGGGAGAAUUCUGGACCUUCGGCUCACAUCUGGUGUCCACCCAGCCACCUUGCCAGGCGAAUGGUGCUGACCUUCAGUAGCCUGAGCGUGGUCUCUAGGUCCUGGGAAUGCCUGGGUUUGAAGGAUCUGCUGGUUUCCUUGGUUUUCUGUGGCUCAGUGCGGUGGUGCCACACACCCCUGUGUAUAUGUCUCUGGGUGUGUUUUCACUUGGCCUUUACUUUUGCUCUUACUCAUGCUGAUUUUUCUUAAAAUACAAAAUGAAAAUGUCAGGUCUAACUUAAAUAAUCUUUUAAUGAUUUCUUAGAGUAUUAUUGUGAUGUUACAGUCUCUGUGCCAUAGUCUGUGUGUUUGAAUAAGGGUAGAAAUUUCCACUGAUUAAAAAAGUAUAUAAUAUAUAAUUGAAUCUAAAAGCCCUUGAAAGGCCGACCUUAAGCUUCAUCAAGUUAAAAUAUAAGUUUAUUUUCCCUUACAUUUUAACAGUUAAAAUAUAAUUUUUUUCACUGUGUUUUUUUGUUUUGUUUUGUUUUUGAGAUAGGAUCGUUCUUUAUCACCCUGGCUGACUGUGAACCGAAUCCCAAAUGCACAAGUGUCCACCACCAGGCCUGUUUUUUCAAAUUUUGGUGGAGAAAGUAAGGCCAUGAACUUGCAUAGAGUACUGGAUUUUUCUUCUUACCCUGGAAAAUUCCUUUCAGAUGUGUACUAUACUAGAGAUCAAAAGGGGCAGAGUAGCUGGCCCGAUACUGGAGGCUUGGUGUUCAUGGCUUAAUGCCAGCUGUUGAUAUUGCCAGUGUUAUUUCGUUCACCUUGGCCUUGUGCCGUGUGAGGUCAGGUACUCUUUCUGAGGCCUGUGGUUUUAGCAUCUGAAAGGCAGCUUUGUGUGUGAAGUCUUCAGCACCCUGCAGGCCCUCAGUGGAGGUGCAGAGCAGUCAGCAGUCUUCUGGACACACACCUUGAUUAGGAAAAGGUUUUCUUUUUGGUUUAUUUUCUUUUUUGAUUUUUGGGACUGGGUCUAAGUCUUUAGUCUAGGCUGACCUCAAACUCUCAGCAAUUCUCCUGCCUGGACAUCCCAAGUACUGAGAUUAUGAAAGUGAGCUACUGUUUGGCACAGUAGAAGUUUGUCAACAUAGAAAUUUCUCUCAAAAAAUAUAUAUACAUAUCUCACUCUAUUAAAGUCACAGUCCCACUCUACUGUACAUACAAAAUGGAGGUUUAGCAUAAGAAGGAAAUUCUAUAAAGCAUCCAGGCCUCUGAGCCCUUCCUGUACCCAGCAGAUGCCUCUACACCUAGAAUCAAACAAUUUCCUAAAUCAUCGACUCAACAUGCAGGUACUCAUUUGGUUCUCAAUACAGAUUUUUUUCUUUUAAUGUGGAGAAAUUCCAGCUUGAGAUUUUCUGGAGCUUUGUCAUAGCUUUUCAAAUUUCCCAGUAAUUCUUUCUCGUGGGGAUUCAUUCCCAAAUGCUUUCUGGAUUCCGUGCAUGUCCUGACAGCUCUUCCUUUUCAUCUCUGUGUUACGCAUGACUGACAUUUUUAUUUGUAUAGUCUUCUUACAGAUUUCUUUGGCAUUGUGUUGUAUUUUAUCAGCAGCCUCACGAUUACGUUAGGACAUUUAUGCUAAAGUGUGUGCCAGCUUCAGCUCUUGCUGGAUUAGAAAGUGCUGUUUUUGUUGUGUCUUUUUAUUUGGAACAUUAAGCAUCUGAAGGAAUAGUUUACUCAAUGGCUUGCUCUGUUUAUCACUUAUUUACUACAUACGUGUCAUUAGCCUGUGCCGAGAACUGGGAGUCAUGCCAUGGUGCCAUUCUUUGGCUUGGGAAGGUAUGGAGACAAGUGCAGGCCUGAGCAGAAACCCAAGGCUCGGAGUGGUUUCCAAACCAACAAGAUUGAGAGUGUUGAUGCUGUAGUCUGUUAUCGGGUGGGGGCGGGGUCUUCGACACACAGCACUGGGAAGGGACAGACACAUGGUCUGUCUCCAGCAGACUCUCCCAGACACUGGCUUCUGUGGGAAGCGCUUUCUUCCUUUUCUUUCUAGGUCUGCUGUUGUCAGUGGUGGUGCUGCCCCGUCUUCUCUUACAUUAUCAGAGCUACUUACUGCAGGCGUGGGCUCCGUCUCUGAGCAGGCUCUUAGGGGUGAUGGUGUGUCUUGUGCUCGGUGGAACUGGUCACUAUCAGGGUCAUGUCUUCACCUAUAAACAGCAGAUGGGAAACGUCAGUUGUCAUCAGACUGCAGGUCCAGCAAGUGCUCCAUCUCGAGCUGGCAGGCCUUCAAGCUGCCUUGCCGUUGCUGAAACAGAAAGUGACAUGUGGCUAGCUUGCCAAAAGGAAGCCAUUUCUUAGGUGCUGCUGUUUGUAGUUAGCCCUUGUGAAAGGUGGAAAUGCAGGUGGCUCGUGGGAGAGUUACUCUGCGUGAUAGAUGCUGUGGUGCUGGGGACAGAACCUGGCCCUCACACACGCUAAAGAAGUGACCCUGCUGGGCUGCGUCCUAGCAACACCUACCCCCCUUAACUAACUGGCAGCUUCACCAGGAAAUUCCUGCGGAACACAGCAGUCUCCUGAAGGUCAAGUGUACUGCACACCUGCACUUAGGGAAGUUUCAGGAAGUUAACUUGACCUUGAAGUAUGAACCUGGGAACCAAGCACAUUUCUAGGUCCUGCCGAGGUACUGGCUGUGUGCAUCUUUAUACUACCGUGUUGAUCGGGCUAUGUGAAUCUUUUUCCAGGAGAGGCAUAUUUCUCCCCUAGGAUGGAAACCCCUUACUGCCAUCCUACAGGUGUCACUUCUAAAGACAGUGCCUUGUUCUGUUCAGUUUUUAGUGCACAGAAUCAUAGGCCUUACAGACCAGUUGCCGCUGUGUUGAGACCCCAAUCUUAGACUACUCUCAACAGUCAUCUUACCCUGCACGCUUCUCUUCAUCAGUAAGUGUAAGGACAUCUUUCCUAAAGCUCUCUGCACGUCUGUUUGCUCCUAGGUCGUCUGGGAAGUUUUUCAUGAGGAGUCCAGGGUAUAAGUGGAGGGAGGACUCCUGGCUUGUUGGCAUAAAGAACCCUUUAAACCCUAUAUUAGCAUUAGCAGAAACCUCCCAGGGGGUCAGGCUGAAUAGCCUCAGCUCUGCCUUGUUCCCAUCUUAGUAAGGUCCACCGAUUCCCAUCCCUCUAGGGAUGUGAGCUGUGUCCACAGAGUCUGGAAUCUUCUUGAUAAGGUGAGAGGGAGAUGGUGUGCCUGGGGCUGGCCCACGAGUCCUACCAAUAGAGUCAUUCACUCUGCCAGUUUCAGGAGUGGGAAUUCUGUGGACUGCUAUUAAAUCACUUGGCACUUUCUUGGAAUUUAUAUUAGCACUGUUUGCUUAUUUGUUGUUUUUUGUUGGUUGGCUUUUGAGACAGUGUCUCACUGUGUAGCUCUGAGAAACUUGCUAUGUGAACCAGGCUGGCCUUGAACUCACAUAGAUCCUCAAUCCUCUGCCUCGAAGUGCUGGGAUUAAAGGCAUGCACCAUCAUGCCAGCUGUUUUUGUUUUUAAUAACUGGAAGCAGUUAAUGGUUAUUUUUGCUUGAUUUCAGCUUCAGGACAUUGAGGGUCAGGGAACUAUGGUUCAUUUCUCAUUUCUAGUUUUGGGAACCUAGGUGUGUCUGGAGAAGGAGAAAUGGAUUACCUGAUGUGUCUUCUUCCAGGCUCCGUAAGGCAGCCUCUUCCAGCUAGGAUGUAAAUGACUCACAGACUUUUAAUAUUGUUCUUUGUAGAAAUUUAAUGAUUUUGAAAGAUUUGCAUUGGUAGAUUGCACUUAAAUUCAAAAAGUAUACGGCUGCAAGGGAUUCUAGUUGUUGCUUUCCUUCCUUGUUUAUUCCUGUUAGGUAGGGAACACAGUCCCUUCUGAGACAUUUCGUUGUUUGCUUGAGGACAGUAUUACCAGUGGGCUCUGUGUGACAGCAGUUGCUGCUGCCGUUGCUGGCAUGUGCGAUGGAACAGCGUGUCCAGCCCUCCCCGUCGGGCGUUCCGGGGAUCAGCUCAAAAGCACACCUAGCAGGUCUUUGAGUUCCUGGAGGCCUGCUUACCAGUGUGGCCGAGGUUCUUUCCUUUGCUUCUGGUGGUUUCAUGUAUCUUUGUGGGCAGUGCUUGGGAGGUGCAGGAAGAGGAUUCUAGAGGUCAGAGUGCGUGGGCAGCCUGAGUCAUGUGACAGCCUGCCUAAAAAUACAUUUAAAAAGACGAGGCGGGGGUUCAGUGGUUCACAGCACUGGGUGCUCGUGUAGAGGAGCAGAGUGCGAUUCUCAGCACCCAUGGCAGGUGGCUCAAAACUGCUGUACUCCCGUGCUAGAGGAUCUGACACCCUCUUACAGCCUCCGUGGGCAUCUGCACACAUAUUGAACACACGCCACCUUUUUUUUUUUUUGUUUAAGAAGCCUUGGUUCAUUUUGAUACUGAUUAGUUUGGGUCUAAACAUAAAAUUCUGGGUUAAAAUUAGUUUAUUAGAAUUAAGUCCUUUAUUCACCAAAUAAUUAAAUUGACUUUUUUAAAAAGUAGAUUUUGUUUUUAUGUGCUGGGUCUUGUCUUGCUUGUCUGGUUACAACAGUCUCUUCAGUCAACAUCCUGAGUAGCUGGGACUACAGGUACAUGCUACCACAUCUGUCUUAAGUCUGCAUUAAGAACAACCUAAUGAUUUCCCGCGAGUCCUACUAGAACUUCUCUGUAAAGAGGACCUCCUAAGCUGGGACUUCAACUCAGUUGGUAGAGUGCCUGCCUGACACACUAGCCCAAAGUUUGAUCCCCGUUAUGUCAUAAACUGGGAGCAGAGGCAAAGCCUGUAAUCCUAGCACUAGGAAUGUAGAGUCCAAGGUCAAGUGGCGAGUUCGAGGCCAACCUGGGGUACAAGAUCCUUAUGACUAAUGGGAAAUAACCACAGGUUAUUUUAAAUGACGUGUGACAGGUGGUUGAGUCCCAGUGAACCUGGCAGUUGCUGCAGUAUAAGGAGUGAACGUGAGUUAAAAGGUAAAUGACAUUAAAUAACAAACUCUUACUUUCCAUUCAGUUCAUCUGUAAUUUAGUAAAAAGCAUGUGUUCUGCCAUAGAGCGAUUGCAAUGUAUACCCACCAGUGUUUGCACAGGAUGGUGGGUGGGGACAGGUUCCUGUGUGUGUGAGUUUGGGGUGGGUAGUAAAGGACUUGGCAGGGCACUCAGCUCCUUAGAGGAUCUGUUGCCUGUGUGUCCACCCCUCCUUGCUUAUUUUAUUGAAAUCUAUAUCUCAUAUUACUCAAUGUCACCACUUGGUAUAAGUAGAUCUUAGGUGGGUGUAAGCAACACCUGCCCAAAAGAAGAACUGUCAGGGCGAUACUAGUAACAUGUCUUAACUUAGUUUAGUUUAUAUUAAAGAGAUCUGCAGAGUAUUAAAUCACUUUUUGUUCUUUUCAGGAAAAGCAGUUGAAAUGGUAACUGCUAACAGUCCUUAAAAUUAACACUGGUGGUUCUUAGACCCGGACAGACUGCGUCAUCUCACCCAGCUACAGAGUAGUAACACUUAACUGCAGAGAUAAAGGGGUGUUGUUUUCAGGCUGGUGAAGCCGGUGUGGAGUCUGGAAUUCUGCCUUGGGGUGACAGAAAUGUCAUGGAGUUGAGGGAGGGGGGUGAAGGACGCAUGCGCACUUUGAGGGCUUUCUAACGCACUGCUGUUCAAAAACAAGAUGGCGGUCCACUGGGUGCCAUCUGCAGGCAUUGCUAGGGACCUUACUUCUGUUGCUUCUAAGCUUUAUGCAAAAGCUUUGUUAACUUCUAUAAAGAUCAUGUGUAUUUUGAGAAAAAUGAUACAUUUUUUAAAAAACUUUUAUGUAAGAACUGACAGAGGGAUUUACUUGUUUGUGGGAAGCUGGCUUUGAGGAAGCACUCUGGCGUGUUUACUGUAAGUCCAGAGCUGUAGAGAUCUGUUUAUAGAUAUAUGUGCAACUAGAUAUGGACAACGUAUUUUUUUAAAAUAAAUAUUUUUAACAAAA